UCAUACAGUGGUUAAGCUUGAACUAUAAUACUUGGACCUUAAAUUUUUUAGAAAUUAAUCAGGAUGCAAAAACACUUCAUCCCCCCUUACUCCCCCUCAUCCGAGUUUAGUUUUACUUCUAUUCCAUCUAUUAUCUAAAAACACUUCAUCUUCCCCUUUUUCUCCUCAUCUUGAAUCCACCAAUAUGAACAGUGAAAGAUUUUUUCAAUGGAUGAAUGGUUACAACACAACCCCUAAGAUAAACACUCAUUCAUCAUUUAAUUCGGAUUCAUCAUCAUCAGCUGGGAUCAAUAAUUUUGGUAGUCAUGCUCCGGGAAUCAAAAAAGCGAUGCAGAUUCUUGAAGCUCAGUUUGGACAUCUGCAAACAUCAACAUCAUCAAUUAAUAUUAAUGAUGACAUCAUCAACAACAACAACAAGACCGCCAACAACAACAACAACAAGAUGAUGAAAAUGAAUACUUCUACUACUUCUUCUCAUCUUGAUCUUCAUGUAGGCUUAUCAUCACAACUACAAGAACUGCCUUCUCAAACUAUCAAUUUAUUUGUUACUGAUGUUAGGGAUAUUAACAAGAAUGAUAAAAGGAAGAAGAAGAAGAGCAAUGAAAAUAUCGAUGAUGGUAAAAUUCACAGCCUACCACACGAGAAACAUGGACCAUACCCAUGUUCCCAAUGCAACAAAAUAUUUGAAACAUCACAAAAAUUUGCUAAUCAUGUUUCAUCAAGUCACUACAAGUUCGAAAGUGAAGAAGACAGAAAAAAGAGAUACAAUUCUAGGAUUCGAAAGAGACCGCGUCUUCAGAUUCAAAAGCUCAAUGAUGGAAGAACUACUUUUGUUCCUGUUGUUGCUUGUGCUGAUAAGUCACAUGCUUCAAUCAAUAAUGAUGAUCAUAAUAUGAUUUCUCUCACCCCUCUUCCAAGUGGGAUAAAAGUCAAGUCGGAGCCAUCAGAUAACUAAUAUUAAUAUGCAUGCUUAAUUUGUGAUGUUUACUUUUUUUUUAGUAGUUUAAUUAAUUAUUGUAUGCUUCUUUGUUUUUCAAUACUCAAUUGUUAGGUCAGUUUUAAUUGUGCCCUUUAAUUUGGUGUUUAAUUAGUGUUUUUUAGUAA